AUGAUCAUGGAAAAUUCUUGCAUUUUUGAUGUUCUCUUAAACCUGUUCAUCAAGACCUUCAAGAUGUCCCGCGGAGAGCUUACCUGUAACAUACUGAACCUAAAGUCAGAAACUAAAAUGAGUCUUCUUUUAAAGGCCAAAAAGAAAAUGGAAAAAAGAAAUGAUAUGAGUACUGUUCCAACUGGUGCUGCCUUUGCAAAUAUGUCAUCAAGAGUUGAUACCCAGAAGGGCAUUGGUAUUGCUCCUACUUAUUCUGCAUUUGCAAGUAUGUCAUCAAGAGUUGAUACCCAGAAGGGCAUUGGUACUGUUCCUACUAGUGCUGCCUUUGCAAGUAGUAUGUCACCAGGAGUUGAUACCCAGAAGGGCAUUGGUACUGCUCCUACUGGUGCUGUGUUUGCAAGUAUGUCAUCAAGAGUUGAUACCCAGAAGGGCGUUGGUACGUCUACUACCAGUGCUAUCUUUGCAAGUAUGUCAUCAAGAGUUGAUACCCAGAAGGGCAUUGGUACUGCUUCUGCUGGUGCUACCUUUGCAAGUAUGUCAUCAAGAGUUGAUACCCAGAAGGGCGUUGGUACUUCUACUACCAGUGCUAUCUUUGCAAGUAUGCCAUCAAGAGCUGAUACCUUGAAGUGCAUUGGGACUGCUCCUACUGGUGCUGCAUUUGCAAGUAUGUCAUCAAGAGUUGAUACCCAGAAGGGCAUUGGUACUUCUACUACUGGUACUACCUUUGCAAGUAUGUCAUCAAGAGCUGAUACCUUGAAGUGCAUUGGGACUGCUCCUACUGGUGCUGCCUUUGCAAGUAUGUCAUCAAGAGCUGAUACCUUGAAGGGCAUUGGUACUGCUCCUACUGGUGCUACCUUUGCAAGUAUGUCAUCAAGAGUUGAUACCCAGAAGGGCAUUGGUACUAUUCCUACUUGUGCUGCGUUUGCAAGUAUGUCAUCAAGAGUUGAUGCCCAGAAGGGCAUUGGUACUGCUCCUACUGGUGCUGUCUUUGCAAGUGUAUCAUCAAGAGUUGAUACCCAGAAGGGCAUUGGGACUGCUCCUACUAGUGCUGCGUUUGCAAGUAUGUCAUCAAGAGUUGAUACCCAGAAGGCUGCUUUGCAAGUAUGUCAUCAGAUGAUACCGAAGGCAUUGGUACUCUCUACGUGCUACCUUUGA